GUUAUUCUCUCUCUGUCUCUUUACUUUUCUCUCUCUUCCGAGAAAAAAACAGAGAGAUAGAGAAGCAGAGAAUCAACAGAAACAUGAAUCACAUGAUACUCUCCUAAUCAUGUCAUUUCUCUGCCCAAAUUGCCACGUAAAUUCAGUUACCCAAAAAAUCUUCCCCUUCAUUCAGCCAUUUCUCUCGAUUCGCUUUUCCUUUCUAAACACCCCACAAUAAACUCUGUUUCUUCUUCAACAAUUUGGUGUUUGUGUGGCUGAAAUUUUCAAUUUUUUUGCUUUCCCAGAAAGAAAUUCAAGUAACUUGUUUUCAUUUUGUGGGGUCGUGCUUCUGAAAUUUGCAUAAAUUUUAUCAAUUUUUCUGCAAAGCUCUGGUUUUUUGUGGAUUCUAGAUAAUCAUGCCGCCAGCUCUGAUGGAUCCGCCAUUGCUGGAAUCAUCGUCGGUGCCGUCUUUAAGCUCCGACACCGUUUCUCAGGGAUCGGCGGCGCCGGAGAGUCGGCGAUUCGGGGAUCUUAGAGGUUUGCAGUGGCGUAUAAAUCUUGGGGUUUUGCCAUCUUCUUCUUCAACUUCCAUUGAUGAUCUUCGUCGUGCCACCGCUAAUUAUCGAAGGAGGUAUGCCAGUUUAAGAGGGCGCCUCCUGGUUGAUCCGCAUAUUCCAAAGGAUGGAAGUAGUUCACCCAACCUUGUCAUGGACAACCCUCUUUCACAAAAUCCUGACAGUACAUGGGGUCGCUUUUUCCGCAACGCUGAGCUGGAGAAGAUGGUUGAUCAGGAUUUGUCACGUUUAUACCCAGAACAUGGCAGCUAUUUCCAGACACCAGGAUGCCAAGGCAUACUGAGACGAAUUUUAUUAUUAUGGUGUCUGAGACACCCAGAGUGUGGUUAUAGGCAAGGAAUGCAUGAAUUACUUGCUCCGGUGCUUUAUGUACUCCAAGUUGAUGUUGAGCAUCUUUCAGAAGUUCGAAAGCUUUAUGAAGAUCACUUCACAGACAGAUUUGAUGGCCUCUUUUGUCAAGAGAACGAUCUUUCUUACAGCUUUGAUUUUAGAAAAUCUUCAGACUUGACGGAGGAUGAAAUUGGCUCCCAUGGAAAUGCAAUGAAAAUUAACAGUAUUGAUGAGCUUGAUCCUAAGAUACAGACCAUUGUACUGUUAAGUGAUGCUUAUGGGGCUGAAGGUGAACUGGGCGUUGUUUUAUCAGACAAAUUUAUCGAACAUGAUGCUUACUGUAUGUUUGAUGCAUUAAUGAAUGGGGCUCAUGGUUCUGUUGCAAUGGCCGAUUUCUUCUCAUAUUCCCCUGUACCUGGAUCCCAUACUGGCUUGCCUCCUGUAAUUGAAGCUUCUGCUGCAUUGUAUCAUUUGUUGUCUCAUGUGGAUUCAUCUCUGCAUAGCCAUCUUGUUGAUCUUGGGGUUGAACCCCAGUACUUUGCUCUCCGCUGGUUGCGAGUUUUAUUUGGACGGGAGUUUUCACUUGAAAAACUUUUGAUCAUCUGGGAUGAGAUCUUUUUAUCAGAUAAUGGUAAAGUGGAAAAGCAUGCUGAGGACACCAUAGACUCUGGUUUUAGGAUCUUGCAUUCAUCUCGUGGAGCAUUUAUCUCAGCUAUGGCUGUAGCAAUGUUACUUCAUUUAAGAUCUUCACUACUCGCAACUGAAAAUCCUACUAUUUGUCUCCAGAGAUUAUUAAACUUCCCUGAGAACACUAACAUUAAAAAACUAAUAGAGAAGGCUAGAUCCUUGCAGGCUCUUGCAUUAAGUACUGAUAUUUCAUCCUCAACACCUUCAUUUAUUGGGUAUCUUAACCUGGGUAAAUCAGGUAUUACAAGAUCCGUUACCCUUCCAUCUGAAUCAGUUUCACCAAAAACUCCUCUGAAUUUGUUACCUGAUACCUACUGGGAAGAAAAGUGGAGAGUUGUCCACAGGGCUGAAGAAUUUAAGCAAGAUGGAGUAGAAAAACAGGUUCAAACUCAGAAAAAGGGAUGGACAGAGAAGGUAAAGUUCAGUUUGAAAAGAACAGAAUCUGACCCAUCUUCGUCAGGGGUUAAGAGUGGUAAAAAGGAAUCCGAGGCAUAUGUUAGGCACAGUUUGUUAGAAGAUCUUUCUAAGGAACUUGGCUCAGUGGAAGAUACAGAAAAACUGUGCUGUCAUGAAAUUUUAUGCCAGCAGGAUAAUAUUUCUGCAGCAGUUAAAGUGGAGCAACAAGAUGAUGGCUCUGAAGGAGUCGACAAUAACCCUGCUGAGGAUAGAUCUCCAAGUGGAAACACUGGCAGCGAGGAAAAUUUGUCUACAAUUUCUGGCCCAGCUAGUCCUCAUAAUGAGGCCAAUGAUAAUGAAAAUGACUCAGAGAAAAGUAGUGUUGCGUCUAAUUUAUACGUGGAUGUGGAUGAAAUUAAUGAAACUUCACGUAGUCCUACUGAUUCACCUCUUCCAAUCUCUGAUCAUCCUGAGAGCAUAUCUCAGAGUUCAGGGUGCAAUCAUGAUUCCACAGGAAACUUGACCACGUAUUCUAAGGAGAGGAAACUGAAUAAAUUCCUGUGGCUUUGGAAGUUUGGGCGGAAUAACAGUGAGGCUAUGUCUGAGAAAGGAGGAGGUGCUUCAGAGGCUGUAAAACCUGCCAACAAUUGUAAUAAUAAUCAAAGUAAUAUAAUACUCUGUUCUACAGCUAAUGGGCAUUGUAGUUCUGUUAGUUGCAAAGGGGAUUCUGCAGACCAGAAUGUGAUGGGCACCUUGAGGAAUAUUGGGCAGUCUAUGCUUGAGCACAUUCAGGUGAUUGAGUCUGCUUUCCAACAAGACCGUUGCCAGGGAGCAUCACUGGAUAACUUGUCUAAAAAUGUUCUUGUUGGUAAAGGGCAUGUUACUGCCAUGUCAGCUCUCAAGGAGCUCCGGAAAAUUAGCAAUCUUUUGUCUGAGAUGUGAAACGAUUUUUACAUUGACCUGUGUAUAUAUAUAUAUAUAUAUAUAUAUAUAUUGUAAUUACAAUUCUUUAGUGACAAUAAAAAAUGGGUUUGUUUUGCUUCACUUCCACAGCUCAUGAAUACCAGAGUUUUGCAGAUGUUCAGAG